GUUAGGGGCGCGGCCCCGGGACCCCGCCCCGCCGAGGACUCUCGGGAGCGCGGGCCGCGGGCUCACUUCGCCGACACACCGACAGCCGGGAGCGCAGCGGUCUCCUGCAGGCGCCGCGGGUCGGGAGCGCGGUCUCAGCUGCUGCGGCAGAGUCGAGUUUCCAGGGGCUUGAGGAGAACCCGCCAGGAACCGAAGAUGCCGAAACCAAUCAACGUCCGAGUUACCACCAUGGAUGCGGAGCUGGAGUUUGCCAUCCAGCCAAAUACAACAGGAAAACAGCUUUUUGAUCAGGUGGUCAAGACCAUCGGCCUUAGGGAAGUGUGGUACUUUGGCCUCCAGUAUGUGGAUAAUAAAGGAUUUCCUACCUGGUUGAAACUAGAUAAAAAGGUGUCUGCACAGGAGGUCAGAAAGGAGAAUCCUCUCCAAUUCAAGUUCCGGGCAAAGUUCUACCCCGAAGAUGUGUCUGAGGAGCUCAUCCAGGACAUCACACAGAAGCUUUUCUUCCUCCAAGUGAAGGAGGGAAUUCUCAGUGAUGAGAUUUACUGCCCUCCUGAGACCGCAGUGCUCCUGGGCUCCUAUGCUGUGCAAGCCAAGUUCGGAGACUAUAACAAAGAAACGCACAAGUCUGGGUACCUCAGCUCUGAGCGGCUGAUCCCCCAAAGAGUCAUGGACCAGCACAAGCUCACCAGGGACCAGUGGGAGGACCGGAUCCAGGUGUGGCACGCGGAGCACCGCGGGAUGCUCAAAGACAGUGCCAUGUUGGAGUAUCUGAAGAUUGCCCAGGACCUGGAAAUGUAUGGGAUCAAUUACUUUGAGAUCAAAAACAAGAAGGGAACAGACCUUUGGCUUGGAGUUGAUGCCCUCGGACUGAAUAUUUAUGAGAAAGAUGAUAAGUUGACCCCAAAGAUUGGCUUUCCAUGGAGUGAAAUCAGGAACAUCUCUUUCAAUGACAAAAAGUUUGUCAUUAAGCCCAUCGACAAGAAGGCUCCCGACUUCGUGUUCUAUGCCCCCCGCCUGCGAAUUAACAAGCGGAUCCUGCAGCUGUGCAUGGGCAAUCACGAGCUGUACAUGCGCCGCAGGAAGCCCGACACCAUCGAGGUGCAACAGAUGAAGGCUCAGGCGCGGGAGGAGAAGCACCAGAAGCAGCUGGAGCGGCAGCAGCUGGAAACCGAGAAGAAGAGGAGAGAAACCGUGGAGAGAGAGAAGGAGCAGAUGAUGCGGGAGAAGGAGGAGCUGAUGCUCAGGCUGCAGGACUUCGAGCAGAAAACCAAGAAGGCAGAGAAAGAACUCUCGGACCAGAUUCAGAGAGCCCUGCAGCUGGAGGAGGAGAGGAAGCGUGCACAGGAGGAGGCAGAGCGCCUGGAGGCUGACCGCGUGGCUGCUCUGCGGGCCAAGGAGGAGCUGGAGCGGCAGGCGGCGGAUCAGAUAAAGAGCCAGGAGCAGCUGGCCGCGGAGCUGGCCGAGUACACUGCCAAGAUCGCGCUCCUGGAGGAGGCCCGGCGGCGCAAGGAGGACGAGGUGGAGGAGUGGCAGCACAGGGCCAAAGAAGCCCAGGAUGACUUGGUGAAGACCAAGGAGGAGCUGCACCUGGUGAUGACCGCCCCCCCGCCCCCGCCCCCCCCUGUCUACGAGCCGGUGAGCUACCACGUCCAGGACAGCCUGCAGGACGAGGGCGCAGAGCACACGGGCUACAGCGCCGAGCUCUCGAGCGAGGGCAUCUUGGACGACCGCAACGAGGAGAAGCGCAUCACCGAGGCCGAGAAGAACGAGCGGGUGCAGCGGCAGCUGAUGACCCUGACCAACGAGCUGUCCCAGGCCAGGGACGAGAACAAGAGGACCCACAACGACAUCAUCCACAACGAGAACAUGAGGCAAGGCCGGGACAAGUACAAGACGCUGCGUCAGAUCCGGCAGGGCAACACCAAGCAGCGGAUCGACGAGUUCGAGGCCAUGUGA